UGCCGGGCCAGCAAAGACAGGUCAAGGCGUCUUCCAUUUUUCUUCUCCCUCUUCUUCUAUUCCCCUGCUGCGCCUAUUCUUCUUCUUUCCGUCUUCCUAUUGUCCUCCGCCAUUGUCAUUAUACGGCUCUUGCCAUUCUGUCCUUUGUUGAAGGAGGUCCAGUGACCUGUGCGCUCGACUCGUCGACUUCUCGAUGCCUCCGCAUGCCAAUCACGGUCUGUUCCUCUACUACAAUGAGCUAGACAUGCAGGAAUAUGCAUGCGGAAUAUCCCGAUCUGCCUAGCUAAUAAUAUAUUUUCCUUUUUGCGGUUGUUGCUAUUAAUAUGAUUAUAUGAUUGCAGCUACUAAUAGCCAUGCUAUCAUACCGGAGUGAUUAGUUAUCAACCAGGCCACAAGGCAUCAGGCAGGCUGGGCGUCACCCCGGGCAACCGUGGCUACCAAGAAGUUUAAGUUCUUUAUCGAUCUAUCGUAUCGCCAGCCAUGCUAGCAUCAUCAAACACUCCCAGCCGGGGGUCAUUGAACAAGCAUCCCUUCACUUCUGCUUUGUUUGCUAUGGGACAUUUGUCAUACACACUCAGAUUCCUUCCUGUUGAAAUUUGAUUAACCUCAUGGAGACUUUGCUGGCCCAUUCGUUCGACUAUCUUUCCUCCUACGAACCAAGCAAAAUUCGCAAGGGAUUGCGCCAGGUGGAAGGACUUCUCGCCCAAAUAUGCCUCUCCAAACCCAAAUCCGCUGCGAACGACAAGCGCAGGCCCUUGAUGUCCUUGACUGCUGCGCAGCAACCUCCGCAGCCGACGCCAAAGGCUCUGUCAGAACUCAAGGAUGACCCUGCGUUCAGGGAAUUUUUCAAGCUGCAGGAUGGCUUCCAAUGGAACGUGACUAUGCGCCUUGUGAUAUGCCUUGAGCAUCUUCUCGGUAGGGGCAGCAGCGGUGUGAACGAUCUACUCAUUAUCGCUACCCUUGACUUGAUUCAAGGUGUUCUACUCCUCCACCCACCAUCACGGACGCUAUUUGCUCGCGAAAUAUACAUGAACCUGUUACUUGACCUCCUCGAUCCGAUCAAUUGUCCGGCUAUCCAGUCAGCGACUCUCCUCACCCUUGUAACUGCCCUGCUGGACAACCCUUCCAAUACGAGAACCUUUGAAGAGCUUGAUGGCUUGCUCACCGUAACUUCCUUAUUUAAGCUUCGUACGACAUCUCGAGAGGUCAAACUGAAAUUGGUCGAGUUCCUGUAUUUCUAUCUCAUGCCGGAGACAGCCACCGUCUCAGCAGGGAUGGGAUCGAGUGCGCCAAAUACCGCAGUGCCUGAAUUGCAGAAAAGCCCAAGCAGGCUAGUUCCUUUCUCGAGAAGUGUCAACGUCUAUGGUGCUGGUGGUGGCAAAAGUAGAGACACACGCACGACGGAUGAGAAACAAACACUACUCGGACGGUAUCUCAACAACGUGGAGGAUUUGGUAGAGGAUUUGAAGGAAACAGCUCCGUUUGGCGCAACUGUCUACUGAUUUCAUUGCUUCUCGUCGGUUUCUGUUCAAGCGGCACACUAAGGGUCGGUGUAUCUGUUUUUUAAGAGAGGUAUCUGGAUUGGGCCAACGCUACGUGCAUUUAGGUUCUGGUUUCCGGCAUUUUUUCCCAUCUGACGCGGAGUCACGGUGUCAUUUUCUAUCCUGCUUCAUUCAUUUUUGGUUCACUCACUCAUAUCCCCCUUCUCCACUUCUAUAUGCAUGAUGUCACGCUCCGGAUGAUAUUACUGAAUGUGAAUUGACGUUCACAAUACUUUAAGAAAUCGAGAUGCUGGUUAAUUACCACGGAUAAUGUUUCUUUUAGCCAAAACCUCCAAAUGUGCAAAUUAGCCUGUCGCUGGACUGUGUCGAAAGACAGCCUUGUAUAUCGCAUUGCCUCUGAGAAUGAAAGGUAUACAAUACAGAGCUCAGG